CCGGGACUCAGCCUUCAGGUUUUAGUCGCUCGGAAGCCGUCGCGUUGAGCGCCCAUUCGCUCCCGAUCUUAGAAAACCACCUGUUCACGAACACGACAUACAUACACACUGUUAGUGUGAAGUGUUACCUGAAGGUUCAAAAAAGGCUUCACCACGGCGGAAUUUACAAUGGAAGACGACAUCGAAGACCCCAACACGUGGGCGGUAGGGGCCCGUUACAGACCGGAGCCCCCCGCCACCUUGGCAUCCACCACUCGCUUCACACAGCAUGAGAUCAAGCUCAUGUACCGAGGAUUUAAGCAGGAGUGUCCGACAGGCGUGGUGGAUGAAGAGUCGUUUAAGAAUAUUUUCUCGCAAUUCUUUCCUCUUGGAGAUGCUACACAAUAUGCUCAUUUCGUUUUCAACACGGUGAAGCACAAACAACGUGGAAAACUCAACUUUGAGGAAUUUCUGGAAAUACUAUCGCGUGUAGCACGCGGAUCUAUAGAAGAGAAAGUGUCCUGGGUUUUCGCUUUGUACGAUGUUGAUGGCGAUGGAAGGAUCUCCCGGGGAGAGAUGGUGUCCGUGGUACGCGCUGUGUACGAGCUGUUGGGACGCACUGCCUUGCCACCAGUUCAACGUACUGAAGCGGAGACGCACGUGGAUCGGAUAUUUAAUCUAAUGGACACAAAUGCCGAUGGCGUUGUAACGCUAGACGAGCUAGCACGCUGGUGCGCUCGAGACCCCGCUCUUCUCCGAUCUCUUGAUACCCUCGACACAGUCUUGUGAUCCGAACCUUCCCCUCCCUCUCCCAGUCCGAAUCCCUCGAACCCCUCUUUCAGUCCCAACCCCUCUGUUAGCCCCAACCCCUCCUUCGGUCCUAGUCCCUCCGUCAGCGCCUACACCAAUCCUGGUCACCCCUUCCCUCCACUGAGGAGAGAACGGGUUAAGCUCCGCUCCACUUCGCAGGUGUCAAUGAAGUCCCAGGUGUCUGUUAGAUCCCAGGUCUCAGAGGAUACAAAGGAUUCGAGGACAUCGUCUAGAUCUUCUGCUACGCCCCCACCACCUCCGCCGAGAGCUAGAAGAAGCAGUUCAGUUCAGUCUGGUAGUUCCAGUGGAACACCCUUGAUGGGACCUCAUACUGCACCGCUAAGACUCACAACCACUUUAACAGAAGAAACAUCCCCGCAAAGAGUGAAACGAAGAAACAAGCCGCUACCACAAAUCACUCCGAACAUACAAACAAACAUCGAAAACAUACAACAAAGACGUACACGAGAAAAUAAAAUUAACAAAACAUAAAUUGCUUUCAAUUUACAGUCAUAUGUUAAAAUGGUUAUUUUA